CUUGUUAAUUUAGUUCUCUAUAGAAUUUUUUGCGUCAAUAUUCUCGGUAAAAUGUCAAAAUUCUUGUAAUUUAAAUGAAGCAAUUUCGAAUAUAGCAAACAAACCAAAACGAAACAACUACAAUGAACGAUAAAGAGAAAUCAAUAUACGAUGAAGGAGAGUGUCGUAGUCGACGAGUAACUUUGAAACAAUGGAAAAGUAUGUCGAAUAAAAAUAGAGGUAAUAACUCCGUAACAAAACCUCGUCGCAGUGUCGAAAGUAUAUCGCGAAACGUUUCAAAAAAUGUGACGGAAAAAGUUGAAGAAAAACCAGCUAAACAUAAAAGUCGUCCUAGUCUUAGCAGAAUACAAGAACUUUCGAAACCAUCAAAAUCAGCAUUGUUGCACACUUGGAAAACUUAUUCUAAUGUUUUCGAUUAUGAUCGGAUGAAAAAACUUAUGAAUAAGCUCAAUGUGGAGUUUGCUUUAACGCAAGAAGAGAAAAAUUCGUGUAUGGAGCAUUUAAGAAAAAACGUAAUAAGUUGUUGUGGAAAAAAAGCGAUGGGUUCGAGAGAAAUUGGCAAAAAGUAUCAUUUGAAUAACGAUGAUAUUCAAAGAAUAACCGGUAUAAGUAAAUCCCAAAAAGGGGCUCGAUGGAGUAGAAGAAUAGAAGAACUCGCUCGACCAAAAGCGUGUAAGGUAUUAGCAACGUGGGAUGAUUAUGGCGGUGUUUUGCCAGUGGAAAAACGGGUAAACUUUCAUAGAAAAUAUGUUGAAUCCGUAGAAGAAAUUAAAAGAACUCAAGAAGAGCAAGAAUUCCGUAAUUCACAACGUGGACAUAUUCAACAUUUUGAAUCUUCAAGAUCGUCAAGUUCAAUGAUGGAAGAGCAAGAUAGAAUGAUGGCAAGAGCUGCAGCCUAUAAAUUGGUAGAAAAAGGAGUUGAAAGAGCAUUACUAUAUGCGGAAGAAGGAAGGCCGCCACCUUUAAUGAGUCGAACUCUUCUCAAGUUAUCCGAUAAUAUCUUAGCGGUUUUAUCUGACCGAAAUUUAAUUAAAAUGCCUACGAGGAGUUCUCAAGAAAAGAACGCAAAGUUUUUGAUGUACGUUUCUGAUUGGACUGCCAAAAUAAUAAGUGAUGCGUAUUUGGCGACGGAAAAGGCCGAAACAGGACAGAAAGUUUUUACUAAAAAAUAUAUAAAAAGUACAUCUGAUAAAGGAAUUCAAGAGACAAUUUUAGAACAAGAUGAGGAUAGCCCUCACGAAUGUAAAGAAGAAAAUUCUAAAGAAAAGGAGAAGAAGAGCGAAGAAAUAUCAGAAAAACCUUUUGAAGAUAUUUCAGAAAUUGAUAACAGUUUUGGUAAUGAAAGUGAUUGGGAUGAGGAAACCGGAACGUUAAAAGACCAAGGAAAUCAUGAAAUAAAAAAGUUGAGUAUUACGAGAAGUAACACCAAGAUUAUUCAUAUUAGAAAAGAUAAUGAUCAAAGUGUAAAAUCUCAAGGCGGUGAAAUAAAAAAAGGUGAAAAAAAUAAUGUUGGAGAUAAAAAAAUUGAUAAAUCUUACAAAAAAGAUGUCAAUAAAACUCAGGAAGAUAAUAAUCAAUUUUCUAAAAUGGAUACUGACAAGAAAGUUGAAGAAAGUACUAAAAAAGAAGAUGAUGGAAGACCGGAACCUCAAAAAAUGGAUGUUGGUAUAAAAUUAUCAGAAAGUACUCAUUCCUCUAAAACGGAAAGUGAACAAGCUUGCAAAAUAGUUCUGGAGGAAAUUUCUCAAUCAUCUAAAUCAGAAAAACGUACGAACGAUAAAGUAAUUUCAACAGGUGAUGAAGUAAACUCUGAUAAAAAGCCAGAAGAAAAUGUUCAAUCAUCUAAAAUUGAAGGAGAUUCAAAUGAUGAAGCAAAUUCUGAUUCUCCUAAUAUAAACGGUAAUAUGAAUCUUGACGAAGAUGUUCAACCUCCGCAAAUGGACGGUGAUAAAAAUGAUAAAGGAAAAUCAUUAUGCUGUAAAAUAGAUGGUGACGAAAUUCACAAAGAGAAUAUUGAAUCCUGUAAAGUAGAUGAGGAUAAGAAUCAAGAGGAAAAUUCAGAAUCUUAUCAAACGGAACUUGAUCAAAGUCACGAUGACAUUAUAGAGUCUUAUAAAAUAGAUUCUCAUGAAACCACCGAAGAUUAUUCUGAUACUUAUAAAACGGAAGAUGAGGAUAAUCUCCAAGACAAUUAUCAACCUUGCAAAUUUUUAGAAUGUAUUCUUACUAAAGUUAACAUUGAUAGUAAAGAUUUAAAUUAAAUAUAUAAGAAAACAAUUGUUAACACAAGUUUAAUAAAGUUAAAAACUGUGUAUUUUGUCGCUAUUAAAA